AUGGCACACAACGGCAGAGACUGCAUGAUGUGUGAAGAUCCGAAUGAUGUCUCGGAUAUGGUCCAAUGCGAUAAAUGUCAGCUGUGGGCUCAUUACACAUGUGUUGGGGUCACAGAGUCCAUUCGAGAACAGGAUUGGAAUUGUAAAAACUGUGCACUUGAGCUGCAAGUUCCGAAUACGAAGAAGAAAACCAAAAGAACUGGUGCGGCGAAAGCAAAAAGUGAUGGUGGAUCCGUACACGGAGAAGAUGACUCAUUGAGUGCAUCCUUACGAAAACUCGAACAAGAGCGGCGAGCAAUGGAAAAGAAGCUAGAAGAGGAAUUAAUCUUGCAGGAGAAGAGAUUGAUUAUGGAGGCGGAAUUAAAAGCAAAACGUCGACAAAGAGAGUUGGAGAUUCAAGAGAAAGUUUUGGCACAAGAACGGGAAUUGAAAAAACGUCAGUUGGCAGAGGAACGUAAAAUGAUGGAACGGCAUCUGGCAGAAGAACGUGCUUACUCGGAAGAACGUAGGCAGUUGCACGAAGCGUUCCAGCGUCAGAGGAACUUGGUAGCGAAAGAAUUCACAAAUCAGGAUACAACCGUGGGAGAAUCCAGCAAGGCUGAAAAGGAGAUGUCCUUUGACAACAAGAUACAAUUCUGGAUGAACAAGCAGGAUCCAAGGACCAAAAAGCCAUUGGAGACUGUCGGUGUACAAAAAAGACUUUCAGGAGUUCCUGUCGAUGAAGACUAUGAAGAAACCGAUGACGAUGAUGAAGAGGAAGUCGACUCGUGUGAGGAAGAAGAAGAAGCCACCGAGGACUCGGAAGAAGAGCGUGAAGAAGUUGUUAAGCCUAAAGGACGAGUAUUGGAACACAGUAGGAAGAAAGAUCGGAAGAAUGGAAACCCACAACAACCUGAAACAUUGUCUUCAGCUCAAAUCGCUGCGCGUCAGGCGAUAUCGAAACACUUGCCGGUGUUUAGAGGCGAACCAGAAGUUUGGCCAAUCUUCAUCAGCAGUUAUGAGUUCACGACGAAGGCCUGUGGAUUUUCCAACCUUGAUAAUCUUAAACGACUACAGGAUAGCUUGCAAGGGAACGCUUUGGAAGCCGUGCGAAGCAGGUUGGUCCUUCCAAAUUCCGUACCAGACGUCAUUGAAGAUCUUCGCCGUUUAUUUGGAAAGCCGGAGAAGCUCCUGAAAACUUUGCUAUCCAAGGUUCGUAACUCCACGGCUCCCAGAGCCGACCGCCUCGAGACCUUUAUCCAGUUUGGGCUUACCGUUAAACAACUUUGCGAUCACCUGGAGGCCGCAAAACUCAAAGAGCAUCUUAGCAACCCGAUGCUAGUCCAGGAACUAGUCGAUAAGCUGCCACCGGACUACAAGCUCGACUGGGUGCGGUUUAAGAGAGGAAAGAAGGGAACGCCACUUCGAAUGUUCACCAACUUCAUGAACGAUAUCGUUUCGGAUAUAUCUGAGGUGUCGGAGUUCUCGUCUAUCGAGUUGGGAGAAUCGUCGUCGUCAAGCUUGUUCAACAAAGGAAAACCUCGGCGCAAAGAGUUUAUCCACGUCCAUGAAGCUGUUCACAAUCAAAACGAAUACCAUCUGGGGGCGAUCGGCGAAGCGAAAGAAAUGAAGCCAUGCUGGGUGUGUAAGCGGACUGACCACAAACUAAGAUUCUGCGAUGACUUCAAAAAGUUGAAGGUGGCUGAACGUUUGAAGGUAGUGGAUCAGAACAAACUCUGUAUGCUUUGUCUGAACAAUCACGGGAAGAGCCCGUGUAACUUUAAGGUCCGUUGCGCUAUCCAAGGCUGCCAAGGAGGACAUCAUACGUUAUUGCAUCGAGCCGAAGCUGCCGUCCAACACUCGAAGGUGGAGUGUAACGCACACAGCCAGCGGCAUCGAACUGUCAUCUUUCGCAUGAUUCCAGUUACUAUCCACUACGGGAAUCGUGCAUUUGAUACGUUGGCCUUUUUCGAUGAAGGUUCGUCGUCAACACUUGUCGAGGAGUCGGUGGCAAACUUCCUAGGCGCCGACGGAUGUGUCGAACCGUUGGUAGUCACAUGGACUGGAAAUGUUAAACGAUACGAAAAUACAUCGCGAAAAGUGGACCUUAUGUUAUCUGCUAGAGGAUCACAUGAAACAGUUCCGCUGUUAAAUGCCCACACAGUUGGGGAACUAAAACUGCCGCAGCAAAGUCUGCUGGGGGAUGAAAUUGCAGAUAAAUACCCUCAUCUUCAAGACGUGUCUGUUGAAAGCUACCCAUGGUCCGAACCCGGUAUAAUCGUUGGCCUAGACAAUUUACAUUCCUUUGCUCCACUGGAAUCCCGUGUUGGUCAGCCUGGAGAACCCAUCGCAGUGCGGACUAAACUAGGAUGGAUGGUAUAUGGACCCGAACGCCAUAUCCCUGCUGCAGAAAUUCGUUUGAACUUCCACUCGCACGAACCUAUCAGCAACGAAAGCCUUCACGAUCUUCUUCGAAUUCAAUACGUUUUGGAUGAUACUAACCCUAGCUCCAUCGGCUCGUUGGAGUCAUCCGAAGAUCAAAGAGCGCGCCAAAUCCUUCAAUCAACCACGAUCAGAAAAGGAGAUAGGUUUGAAACCGGACUCUUGUGGCGAGACGACGUGCGCCGAUUUCCGGAUAGCUUUCCGAUGGCGAUACGGAGAUUGAAGGCGUUGGAAAGAAAGUUGGACAGCAAUCCAGAACUAUUUCGCAAUGUUCAUCAGCAGGUUAGAGACUACGUUGCAAAAGGGUACGCACAUAAAGCCACGGAAGAAGACCUUUCGGAAUCAAACCGAGGGAAGAUAUGGUACCUCCCGUUGAAUGUAGUGCUGAAUCCCAGAAAACCUGGCAAGGUUCGCCUUGUGUGGGAUGCAGCAGCGACCGUUAAUGGGAUUUCUUUGAAUAGUGAACUUCUGUCUGGUCCGGACCUGCUGCAAUCUCUUCCGGCGGUUAUCAAUAGCUUCCGUGAGCGUAGAAUUGCUUUCGGAGCUGAUAUACAAGAAAUGUAUCAUCAGAUACGCAUUCGCUCCGAGGACAAAUCAGCCCAAAGGUUUCUCUUUCGUUCAAAGCCUACUGACGAACCAGAAGUCUAUGUUAUGGAUGUGGCCACCUUUGGGGCAACAUGCUCCCCGUGCUCCGCUCAAUUCAUCAAAAACCUGAACGCAGCUGAAUACGCGGAAGAAUUCCCAGAGGCUGCUGUGGCCAUAGUUAAAAAUCAUUAUGUAGACGAUUACUAUGACAGUGCGGACUCUAUUGACGAAGCUGUAAAAAUUGCCAGCGAUGUGAAAUUUGUCCAUUCACGUGGAGGUUUCCACAUAAGGAACUGGGUAUCCAACUCCCCCGAGUUCCUACAAGUUAUGGGCGGUUCUUCUGAUAAUCCCAAUAUUCACUUCAAUCGAGAUAAAAGCACAUUGUUCGAGAGAGUAUUGGGAAUCAUCUGGAAUCCGAUGGAAGACGUUUUCUGCUUCUCAACUACUGUGCGAGAGGAUUAUCAACCAGUGCUGCAGGGAAUUGAGCGACCGACGAAAAGAAUAGUGCUCAGUUGCGUGAUGUCUAUGUUUGAUCCUCAAGGACUGCUCUCACCAUUCACGGUAUUUGGAAGGAUGCUGAUUCAAGAUUUAUGGAGGACUGGCUGUGACUGGGACGACGCCUUGGACAACGAUUCGAACGAAAAAUGGUUACGUUGGACAAAUGCUCUGCCUCUAAUUGCCAAGAUAAAGAUUCAACGCAGCUAUUUCGGAGACGCUAAGUUCGAAGAAAUCGAGAACAUUCAACUUCAUAUACUGACGGACGCGAUUUCGUUGGGGUUGACUACCUUGGCCCUGUCACGGUUACAGUUGGUCGACGCUGCGAAAAACGGUGGAUAG